UUGAUUUUUAUCCAGAGGAUGUUUGAAAAAACCAUUGGAUUUGGUAGCGGUGUGAGAAGAAGGAACCAACUCAACUCCAUUUCUUGGCUGAUGGAGUCUCGUUCUCACAUACACAGGCACUGUUUCGGCUUUUCAUGCGCUGCCACGCACUCAAAACCCUUCCUUUCUCCACCCACCGAAUGGGCAUGGCCGAUACCCUCUGUACCCAUCUCCACCAAAGCAAUGGGAGUGUUGAGAACUCAUUGUCCAAGGUUAAGCCUAAACUCGAUUCUAAAUGUGUCAUUGAAGUCCUCAAUUCCUGUCAUCCCAAGCAACCUCUAUUGGGCGUCAGAUUUUUCGUUUGGGCUGGAUUUCAAUCUGGCUACAGGCACAGUGCUCACACGUACAGCAAAGCUUGCAAGUUGUAUGGAAUUCAGCAAAAUCCCCAAAUUAUUCGUGAUGUCGUUCUGUCUUAUGAGGCCGAAGGGUGUUUAGUCAAUGUCAACAUGUUCAGGGAGGUUCUGAAACUGUGCAAAGAAGCCCAACUAGCUGACGUGGCAUUGUGGGUGUUGAGGAAGAUAGAGCAGAGUUUCAACAUCGGUGCUGACACUGUGAUGUAUAAUGUGGUUAUUAGGCUAUGUUGCAAAAAUGGCGACAUUGAAACGGCGGAGAAGUUGAUCGGGGAGAUGAGUUUGAACGGUCUUUACCCUGAUCUUAUUACGUACAUGGCAAUAGUGGAGGGAUUAUGUGAUGCGGGUCGCCCAGAGCAUGCUUAUUCUUUGCUUAAGGUUAUGAGAGAACAUAGAUGUUCAACCAAUUUGGUCAUUUUAUCAGCCAUUUUAGAUGGCUUGUGUAGGUCUGGAUCUAUGAAAAUGGCAUUGGAGUUGUUGGAUGAAAUGGAGAAAGGUGGGGAUUGUCGUCCAAAUGUUGUUACUUAUACAUCUGUGAUUCAAAGUUUCUGUAAGAGAGGUCAGUGGACGGAAGCAUUGGAUAUUCUGGAUAGAAUGAAAGCUUCGGGGUGCCAUGCAAAUCAUGUUACUGUUUUUACUUUCGUUGAUAGCCUUUGUGUUGAGGGUCGUGUGGGAGAAGCUUACAAGUUGAUUGAUAAGUUUGUGGUGGAACAUGGUGUUUCUUAUGGUGAUUGUUGCAGUUCACUUGUGAUUUCAUUGAUAAGGAUUAAAAAGCUGGACGAAGCAAUGAAGCUCUUCAUGGAAAUCCUUUCUGGUGAUGUCAGACCUGAUACUUUGGCAUCUAGCCUUUUGCUAAAGGAGCUCUGUAUUAAGGACCAGGUAUUGGAUGGAUUCUACUUGCUUGAAACAAUUGAAAACAAGGGAUGUUUGUCUGCGAUUGACUCUAGUAUUUAUUCUAUUCUUUUAUUUGGCCUUUGUCAAAGAAGCCACCUGACGGAGGCCACAAAGCUGGCCAAGAUAAUGCUUAAAAAAUCAGUUCCGCUGCAACCUCCGUACAAAGAUGGUGCAAUCGAUGUCCUAAUAGAAUCUGGAGAAAAAGAUAUUGUGAACCAGUUGACUGGCAUUGGUAAGGGACUUUGAUGAUAAAAGGCGUUAUGAAGGAGGUCACGUCCAUUGUUCUCUGCUCCCUCUGGUCAUAUCAUAAGUUUGCAUUGUAUAACAGCAACAGUAAGAAUUGGUUUCCGUGAUGUAGUCUGCUGGUACUUUGUUCAUUUCUUCCCCUUGUAGGAGACAGUGUAUUCUUGAGAAACAGUAUGCUUGUCUUUAUCUGUGUUUGCUAAACCCAUUCUCCUGUAGAUUCCUUUUAAUAUCGAUAAGUCGGCAAGCCCAUUUUCCUCAUACAAACAAAGUAGUGAAACUUCUUUUCUUUGAUGUAAACAAUAAAAUUCAAGAAUAAAGCUGUUGAAAUAUUUUUGCCCUUUUUUAUUCUGUAUUUGAUUCUGAUUAAUUCCAUUUCAUGAUUAAUUUUCUUAUCCUUUGACAUUUGAAUGUAAGAAUUCAACUAAUGGUGUGUGAAAGCUAUUAGCAAGGGUUGCUAAUCCAAUUUCACCACCUAAUCAACCAAAGGAGCAAACAGAAUUUGCUUAAUCUGUUGGGGGAUGCAAAGUAUUUGCUGUAAAAAUUUUGGUCAGUAAGAGCAAAAGUUGUCAACAUAAGUACAAAUGUGUUGAGUUGAGAGUCGUACAAAAGUAUAUUUUAGACUGCAACCAAUCUGAAACAUAACUUCUUGAUAUUAGCAAAGGUUGCCAAUCCAAUUUCCCCACCCAAUUGAUCGAAGGGAAAAUCAGAAUUUGUUUGACUUGUUAGGGUGCAAAGUAUUGUUCGUCAAAAUUUUGGUCACUAAUGUGUUGAGUUGAGAGUUGUACAAAAUUAUAUUUCUGGCUGCAAUCAAUAUGUAACAUAACUUGAUAUUGUAAAGAAUUAAUGAAAACUCAGUUUUAGUUAGCAAUAUUGCUUUGAUUCACGGUUUUCUGACAUCUUUACUUGUGUGGAAAUGAAAUAUACACCAAAAGAGCAUUUUGUGUAUUAUUUUCUUAAAUAUCGGUUUCUAAUUACAAUACAAGACCGACAUUAUCAAACUUUCGUUCUUGAAACACUCUAGCAUAGUACUUGUUCUAGCCAAGAGAGAUGACGAUCUCCUUGAUAAAGCAUUCAGUAUUUGUUGUCUUUUCCUGGUUAUGAUUAGUUAUUUUUCUAGCCGAGUACCCUUUUGGACUUAAAAAAUCAACACUGCAUAAAUAACAACAGUUGAAAAUAAAAAUAAAAGAGUAAAACAGAAAAGUCCAAUUGAAAACCAAGACCGGAAAUGUGCAGUAACAAUAUUUAAAUGUUAAUCAGUUGCUGAAUUCAACUUAUGUUUGCUGGUUAAGUGUUAUAUAUCACUGUUUUUAUGCAUUUUAACCAGUUAAAAUUAAAAUUACCGAGAAUCAGCCACUGCAGUUUCAUAAUUUGCUUCUGCCAGUUUUAACUCCCUUCCUUUUCGUUGUUUUCUUAAUCUAAUCUAGAAUUAUUCAUCAGGCUUUCAAUUUGAGUGCCAGCUUCUUUCAUUACCCUUGUUGUUUGCUUGUAUUCUUGGAUGUCUUGGUUUUGUCUCAGUCACGUAUACUCUAUUCAGUCAGUUUUUCAUUGUGUUUGUUUUCUUCUGGAAUUGUGAUGCUGCUAAUCUGUUUUGGUGCAGAAUUGUGUCUAGAAAGCUUACCGUAACUAGUGGUAGCAGUCUAGGAGGUGGAGGCUUGGAAGACACUCUUGAACCAAGUGCUUUCACAGCCUAAACAGUUUCUGUGUGAGGGAAAAACUGCCAAGUGAGUGUGAGUAGAGUGCCUACAAGCCGAGAGAAUUUUGCUAGCUGAGUGCAAACACCAAGAGCUGUGAGAGAGAGAGUUCCAGUUUUAAUAAUUGCUGAAUUUCUAAUUAUGCAGAAUACAUUUCAAAGUAAAACUGACACUUCACAUUGCAUCAUUAAAUUUUUUUGGUUUAAGCUGUCCAGUGAAAUUGAAUCUGGUUUUAAGUCCAAUACUGCAUCAAUACCAGUAGUGAAAAGAAAACUGAAGUGACUGGACAAGUGCAGUCUCGGAUGCAUCUUGACUCAAUUGCUUAGUUCAUAAAAAAAUAAAAAAACUAUGGAACUGUAUGUGAUAAGCACUGUUUCAUUAAUCAGUAAAUUUUUUUGGACAUUUUGAACUCGGCAAAUGAGCAUAUUAACUCUGCAAUCCUGUCUUGGUCAUAAUCAUCUCAAGUUCUGAUUUAGCUUUCCUUUUAAUUACAACUUUUCAUUACUUUUAUUCUGUGGAUAUGUUGGUUUUGGUGUGUCAUAUUGGUGCAGAAUUGACCCUGGAAGGUGUACUAUAGCUAGUGGCAGCAUUUUUAAAAGGUGGAGAGUUGGUAUGUCACGAUCCAAGUACUUGAACAGCCAGUAAAUACAGCAGAGUGUCAAAAUUCUGUGAGGCAAACAGAGUAGGCUUUGACGCCGAGAGGAAGAGCUGCUAGUUGAGUGGAAAAUGGAGCCCACAAAUCAAGAGCAAAGUGGUUGUUUGAGUGCACAUACCAAAAACCUAGAGAGAGUGUCUUAAUUUUCUUUUGUUUCUGAACUUGUAAAUCUGUUUUCUUAAUUCAUUUUUUAAAAGUCCACUCUAAACCAAGUGUCUUGGAAGAAUCCUUGGUGUUCUGUCAUCUCUUGGCAACCUUUUUGUGUUAAAAAGACUUAAAAUUGGAGUAGACAGUGUGUCUUGAAACCAAAGCUACAUGGCUCACCUUAGGAUUUCCACUUUGUUUUUAAUUUGCGUUUUCUUUUAGGAAUGAUUUGGCUACAAGAGAUUAAAUUGUAAGCCUUGUUAUACUAGAGUUCGAGUAGGUGUCUAGGUGUCUUUAAUUUCAUCUUUGCCUAUGUGACUUCGUCUUUUGAAUUCAAAAGUAAUCCUUUUUUGAAAUUGGUAAACUAAGUAGCCUAAGAUAUUUUGGCUAAGUAAGACUUAGGUGCUUAAACAAUCUUUGACUCACCUCUUACUUGGGAAUUGUGUUUUAGUGACUGAGGCCGCACGUUCAUAAUUGGAAGAUUUUAUGUGCUGAUACACUGUAAAAGAGAAAAAGGAAAGAUGUUUCUGUAAUGGGUUACUAUCAGUAAUAUCACUCUUUUUUCACUUUUAACUUCAUUACAUUUGGGUAUUGCCAUUGGAGAAAUAAAUGUAAGAUAGAUGAAGUGCCUGAAAAUCUCGGCACUCAUUUUCUUAGUCAUUUUUAGUUUCUUCUCUG